AUGCGGCUCAUGCAGAUCAAUCCUUUCCAGCGGGCCCAUGCGAAUGUUGGAGUUCUUGAGCGCCUGUUCUCGCCUAUCUGCUGCCGCAGCUGCAGCCGAACCGCCAGUCUCUUCACCCUCUGCGCAGAUUUCUUCCAUCGCCCCAUCUGCGCUCGUUCGCCCCUGCCUAGCUCCCGCUGCUCUCCAAGAUAUUAUUUCUCCUAUCGCCGCUUUGCCAACUUUUUGCCGACUAACAAAAGAUUAACUACCCAAGGAGCCGAAAACCUUUGUUUUCGCAUUCAAGCUUUGCAGCAAUCCCAGCAGCAACAACAACGAAACUUGCGCGCUGCUGCUCUCCUUUCCUCUCUUUCUUUCGAUUCGGGCUCGCCUCUUUCCUCUGCGCUAUCCACCGGGGGCGAGGAUUUACCCAUUCCUGGACUCGUAUGUGAUACUCAACUGCAUCCUACUUUCGAAUUCACGCUGCCCCUUCAAGAGCCCCACAACUUCCGGGAAGUCUCUGCCUGGAGCCGCGUGCGCUUGACCAUGACGAGCCCAAAGAUGCCGCCGGCAUCUUAUGCGAGAGGCUCCCUAAAGCUAAACCGCCUUCUGCUGCUGAAAAUGCAGAUUAGCAAUGACAAUGGGCCUGUUGAGCUUAUGGGCGCCGGCCGCCAUCAUGCGCUUUUUCCGGUAGAACGCAGAGGGUUCACGCGGAUACAAUCGCUGAACACUGUGAAUACAUCCUUACGCAUACUUGUUUCGAGACUGUUCUCUGCGGCCGAGUUGGUCUGCAACAGGUCUUUGGAUUACAAUUCAUUUACAGCAGGUGUCAAUACUUCUCCGCUAGCAUCUGCCAGCGCAAUUUCUGGAAGGCGAGGCGCUAUAAAAUGUAGCCAACACAACACUGGAGCACGGGGGGAAGAGUGGAAGUUGAAUGGAGAGGUUCAGGCUGCAGAGAGAAAAUUUGCUGGCAAGUGGCAGAAAACUUCCACAAGCGGCGGAUUUGGCAAGCAAUCUCGCCCAGUUCCCUUUCAGAGGGGGGGCUUUGAGAAAUGCAAGCAGUGA